AUGGUUCACUGUAAUUCUUGCUCCUCCUGCUUGACCGAUGAUGUUUGUCAUCUACACCUAACACUUCCUUCUUGCUCCAAUACAAAACAAAAACAACACUCCAAUAAGAAACGAAAACAAGGCCAAGAAGAAGAAACCCAACAACAAACCAAAAAUGUUGUUGGGACAAAUUGGGAUGUUUGCGAUUAUGAUAUUUCAUUGAAGAAGGAAAAGAGUGAUCCUGGCAACGGGAUAAUUUGGGGCUAUUGCGAAUAUGAUCUUCCAUUGAAGAAGAGAAAGAUCAAUAGGGGAGAUCAAGAAACUAAGAAGACGGGUAAUGUUGAUGAUGAAUGGGAGAUCAAGAAGGUGCUUGAAAAGAGCGAUGUUUGUCGCGCUUUGAGUAGACUUAUGUUGAAGAAAGAAUUGACUCAAGAGUUUGUGAUUCCGAUGGGGUUGGGUGGUGCUAAAGCUGCCAAGCAUAAAGGUGUUGAAGUAAAAGUAUGGGACGUUGACACAAAGUCUCUUCAUUCUCUCGUUUUCAAGAUAUGGACUUCCGCACAAUGCCACGUUUUCAAUAAGAGAUGGUUCAAAGAUUUUGUUCUUAGAAGGGAAUUAAAGAAAGGAGAUCAAAUUGGCUUACAUUGGGAUCAAGAUAACGGACGCUUUAACUUUUCCGUAAUUAGUUUAUAA